AGAUAAGCGCGACACUCGGCAAAGAGAGUAGCGAGUUGGCUGAAGUACAGUUUCAAAAUGGUCGUGCAGUCGAUUACGUGGCUAUUAUAUAUCUAUGCAGAGUGCACAUAGAUAUACUUAUCGUACCUACGAUGAUCGCCAUAUUCGCAUUAGUCGAGUAACGAUCCUCCACCCACUAUCCAGAGCCGAGUGUCAGCGAGUGCCUCGCUUAUCGCAGACCGGUGGAGGAGCAGAAGCUCCCUCUCUCAUCGAGCUUACGAAAAGUUUUGUUCUGCUGGUCAAUUGAAUCGUCAGUCGCGUUAAAAUGGACGGCGGUGGAGCUUACGGCGGUGGUAAGGCUGGAGCCCCGUUCGAUCCCAUUGCAUUCGUGCAAAGGCCACAAGUUAUUCUCAGGGCAGUAUGUCUGCUGUUUGCAAUCAUUGUUUUUGGAUGCAUAAGCAGCAAAGGAUAUAUAGAAAAAGGAGGAAAAGAAGUGUGUUUAUAUAACAAUGAUGCAAAUGCAUGCAAUUAUGGAACAGGAAUCGGUGUUAUUGCCUUUUUAGCAAGUAUUGGCUUUUUAGCAGGUGAAUACUUGUUUGAACAAAUGUCCUCUGUUAAAACUCGGAAACACUAUGUUCUUGGUGACCUUGGCUUCUCUGGAUUUUGGGCAUUCCUUUAUUUUGUUGGAUUUUGCUAUUUGACCAAUGCGUGGAACAAAUCUGACCGACCAAAAGAUGGAUAUGGUAUUAACAAUGUUCAAGGGGCUAUUGCAUUCUCCUUCUUUUCUAUCUUUACCUGGGCAGGGUGCGCAUGGUUUGCAUUUCAAAGAUUUAAACAAGGAACCGAUGCGGCGUUUGCUCCAAGCUACGAAGCUGAUCCUACAGGAGGACAAGGCUACACAAGUUAUCCGGAUGCCACUGACGCUGCUUAUCAGGAGCCUCCAUUUGCUCAGCAACAACAAAAAGGUAUGGGUGACUUUCAAGCUCCAGCUUAUUAGAGUCAUCCAUAGUCGUUAUAAAAUGUAUAUUACAAGGCCACUGCAGCGAACUAAUAAUGAUAGGAGUUUUUUUGUUAAUUAUUGUUAUCUUGCGUUUAAAAAAGAAUGUUACAACAAAAAUCUCAUACUAUCGCGUAUCGUGAUCUAAAGAAGAAAAGUAUUAAUAUUUUACAGGAACUCAUUUGUUUCCCCUAUUAGUUUUGUAAAAUCAUUUAUACAUUAACAUUGUAGAUAAACGAAAAUAUAGAUUACCUUUUUGUUACUUUGGCAGAUAUUCCAAG